AUGGAAAAACAACAAGUCCCGUCCGAGGGUACCAAACCGGACCUAGAGAUGCUCAAGCUUGACGCAACUUCUGCUGCUCGUGAUGUGGAUUUUGGACAAGUGCUUGAGGUUGAAACAACCCCUGAGAUGGAGAGAAAAGUGUUAAGGAAGCUGGACUUCUUCUUAAUACCUCUCAUGGGAGGUUGCUACAUGCUGCAGUAUAUCGACAAACUUGCAAUCAGUCAGGCGACCCUUUUUAACCUUCGAGAAGACUUGAGUCUCGUGGGAGAUCAAUAUAAUUGGGCAUCGGCGAUUUUCUACUUCGGUUAUUUUGGAUGGAGUUGGCCGAGUUCAUAUCUGGUUGUGAGGCUUCCCUUGGGUAAAUACCUUAGCGGCGCUGUUUUCAUUUGGGGUGGCUGCCUCCUGGUUCAUGCUGCCUGCAAGAACUGGGGAGGUUUAAUGGCAGCUAGAUUCUUCCUCGGCGUUGGAGAGGCAUCAAUCGCUCCUGGCUUUGCCCUGAUCACAGGAAUGUUCUACACAAGGGCCGAACAACCAGCACGACAGGCAGCCUGGUUUUUCGGUAAUUCCAUCGCUGUCCUUCUCGGUGGACUAAUUGCCUACGGCAUUGGCAAUAUCCACGUAACAAGCAUUGCCCAAUGGCAACUGUUGUUUUUGAUUUUGGGCGCUGUAACAUCUGCCUACGGCAUCCUCUUGUUCUUCACAUUACCUGACUCGCCUGCAAAGGCUAUCUUUCUGAACCGGAAUGAGCGAGCCAUUGCUGUCCAGAGGACUUUGAAAAACAAGACCGGGGUGUUGGAUACAGGCAAGUUCAGAUGGGGCCAAGUGUUGAUGGCGAUCAAAGACCUCCAAACGUGGUUUUUGGUUCUUUACACGCUCUGUGUCAAUUUUUGCAAUGGUGGUAUCACCAGUUUCUCUGCUAUCAUCAUCACCGGUUUCGGAUUCCCUCGCCUGGAGGCUCUUCUGAUCCAGAUGCCUAUUGGGGGCGCUCAGCUGGUGUUCCUCCUCCUUACCACAGGAUUCGCCUCCGUCGUGCCGAAGUCCCGCAUUCUGAUGAUGAUGGUGAACACACUGGUGUCGAUGGUUGGUAUGAUCUUGAUCUGGAAGGUAGAUGAUGAUAAUCGGGCAGGCAAAAUGACUGGUCUUUGCCUCGGUAGUGUCUUCGCAGCCAACAUUCCUUUGUCUCUCAGUCUGAUCAGCUCGAACGUGGCUGGGUUUACCAAGAAGAGCACGGUGAGCGCCCUCAUGUUUGCAGCGUACUGUAUUGGGAACAUUGCCGGUCCCCAAUUUUUCAUUCCGUCAGAAGAACCCGCAUAUCCGACGGGUAUCAAAGCCGCUAUGGCAGGCCUGGCCUUUGGGGUCUUCUUUUUAGCCUGUCUCUAUGUCUUUUACGUGUGGGAAAACCGUCGGCGGGACAGGCUGUACGGAUCACCUAGAGAGUUGACCGAGACGGAAGAACUGCAGGAUGAGCUGUCUAACAAGACCGAUCACGAGAUUGAGAGUUUCCGAUAUCUAUUGUGA